AUGUUUGCUUGGUUGCCAGGAGGUUGCAGGGACUUUGGAAACGGCUCUGUGUUAUCUGAUGAUCUGGAUGAGGAGCCGGAGCUUAUCUUGGAUGCUGAGCCACGCUACGCCUCUCCUCUCACCACCAUUGAACUCCUGCCUGGCCUGGAGCGAGAGAUGGCUGUAGAUGAAGAUGAUGAAGAGCAGGAGAUGGAGGAUCAAGAGAGCCCCAAGGUCGACAGUCUGCCUUCAUACUUCAGUGAGAAGUCUCGCCCCUGGGAAGAACCAACACCGUCUUUCAGUUCCAACAGCCCCUAUCAGUUCAACACUCAACCUGAUACACAAGAACAGUUCACAGAAGAGGACAUUGAGCUUUGCACAAGCUUCGAGAAGAUUCACUUGCAGCUCCCGCAAAUUCCCCUCAGUCAGUCGGCCACGUGGAUAGAGGCGGCAGACAGCGAGGCAGACUCUGACUCCAGAAACGAAGGCUCAGAACUUACUUUGACUGACACAGACACUGAGUCUGCACAGCGCACUUCCUCUCGCAGCAGGAAGAGAAGAAACCAGGGGGCAGCCGGUUCAGGCAGGGAAGGCAACAGUGAUCUGCCUGAAAGAGAGGAGGGAGAAGGUGAGGAGACGCCCGCGUUCAGCCACUGGGGUCCGCCUCGCAGGGUGGAGGUGUUGCCACAGCCGGAGGAGUCUCUGGGUAUCAGCAUAGUGGGCGGCCGCACGGUUAUAAAGAGGCUGAAGAACGGCGAGGAACUAAAGGGCAUUUUCAUCAAACAGGUGCUGCCAGACAGCCCAGCUGGACGCACGGGUGCCCUUAAAACAGGAGACAAGAUCUUACAGGUUUGUGGAGUGGAUUUGCAGAACGCCAGCCAUGAGGAGGCAGUGCAGGCUAUCAAAGCAGCUUCCAGUCCCGUGGUCUUCAUCGUGCAGAGCCUGUCCUCCACUCCACGGCCUGUUUCAGUGAUGGCCUCCAGCAUUAGACAGCACAAGGCUAAGAGGAAAGUCGCCCAGGUGAGUUGCAAGCCCGCGCUCUGCACAAGCUCACCCUUGAGUUGUGACUCUUUAACCUUCAGCUCUGGGCUUCUCAACCCAAAUCCUGCGGGAAUAUACAUAUCCUGACAGAUGCAGCUGGAG